AUGACGAUGAUUUUGUCUUCAAAAAAGAGAAGGAUGACAUUAUCUUUGCCAUGCCUUAAGGGCAGAAAUCAUUCCCCCCGACCCACCCCCCAACCUCACCCCUUCCCCAUCUACACUGAGCACCUGACGUCCCCCUUCGCCCACCAGCCCUUGGAUUCCGGCAACAUCCGAUUCAAGUUCGUCCUGGGCGGGGCCCCUUUGUCCCCGUGGGAGGAUUUCCAGUCCAAUCGCAAAACCCUUGUUGUCAUCAGCAUCUACCACUGCCCCUCGUCUCCCAAUCUCGACUCAAUCAUUGAUCAAUUCGACUCGGCUCUCCGCACCUACUCCUAUGCCCUCGUCAAUCGUUGCUUCGCCUUCUGCCCCGACGAUUUUCAGACGGCUAUUCUAGGAGGGACGGAUCCCAUAAUAGCGACCUUAGCGUGGGUUCUUUCUUUACUACUGAGCAACCGUGAAGCCUUGAGGAAGGCUCAAGAAGAACUAGACAAACAGGUUGGGAGGGAAGGGCAAGUGAAAGAAUCAGACGUGAAGAACUUGGUCUACUCCAAGCAGUUAUCAAAGAAACUUUACGUUUAUAUCCUCCUUCGCCACUCGCAAUCCCACAUGAAUGCAGGGAGGACUGCACUGUAGGAAGCUACCAUGUGAAAGCAUGCACUCGUCUUUUCAUCAAUAUUUCAAAGAUUCAGCGAGACCCGAAUGUCUAGCUCGAUCCUAGCCAAUUCCAACCAGAAAGGUUUUUUACAGCUCAGAGGUAUUUUGACGUUAGGGGACAGAAUUUUGAAUUCAUACCAUUUGGAAGUGGUAGAAGAAUGUGCCCUGGAGUCUCAUUGGCUCUUCAAGUUGUUCAACUAACGGUGGCUCAACUCCUGCAUGGGUUUGAAAUUGAAACGAUGUCAGAUGAACCCGUUGAUAUGACUGAGAGUUCUGGAAUAACCAACAUGAAGGCCACCCCACUGAAUGUCCUCCUCACACCUCGCCUUCUGGCCAAACUUUAUGAAAUAAAUUAAUAAUAUUAUGGACUUGAUAAUAAAUAAGAACAUUUUCCUAGUUACCAAAAUUCGAACUUAGGUGCAAAAGUGGGCGAACAUAGCGACUGGCCUAGCUCACCUUUCGCUAUCUGUCUCUAAUUUGUAACGAUUGUGCAAAAUGUUGAAAGUCAGCUUUGUAAUUUGCUUCAUUGCUACGAUUGGUUCUUUAUAUUAUUUUAAUAUAUUGUAUUGGCUUGGAUGAAUUUCUCAGUUA